CCAGGCGAUGAUCUAAAAUGCAGCACACGACGUGCACGGAGGAUCGGAUCCACCAUGCGCUGGAGAGGUGCCUCCAUGGCCUCAGCAAAAACACCAUCUCUGCUAGUACUUGGACAGCUGGGCUUUGUCUGAAUUGCUGGAGCCUCCAGGAGCUGGUUAGCCGUGAUGCAGGGAACUACCUCAUCCUUCUGGAGAAAAUACUACAAAAGGCUGAAGAGGUCCAAGAGAAUUGCGACUAUGAUCUGUUUAUUCCACUGGCCUUGCUCUUCAGUUCAGCUGUCUUGUAUACCUCCCACUUCCCUUCCAAUUCUGACCUGCUUUGGAGAGCCAGGCAGACCUUCCGGGACUUCCUCGCUUGGCCCGUGCCGUACUGCGAUUUCUGCCAGGAACUGCUGACCUUUAUUGACAACGAGCUCAAAGCCCCAGGGAUUUCCUAUCAAAGGCUGGUGAGGGCGGAGCAUGGUCUGUCUGUAAAGAGCUCAGACAGUUCUAUUGUAACAGUCCUGUUACUGAACUCUUCCGAAGUUCACCGGGAGUUUGUCUCAGUUGCUGAAAGGCUUAGUGCUGUAGAGCACUCUCACCACAUGCUACUGGUCACCCUUCUUGAACACAUUUACCAAGCUAACUUUGGUACGAAUUGGGACCUUGUCAGACUCCAUCAAGCUCUGAAGCUGAAGCCUGCGCAGGAACUCAUGGAGCUCCUUGCCAAUACCACAGAAGCUCAAGAAUCGGCAGCGGAGACCAGCAGUGACCCCACAGCAGCCAGGAAGCAGCUGGAGUCUGCAUUGCAGGACAUUGCUAAAGCAGCACAGCUACCCGGAUUCGUAGGAGAAGCCCAGACGCAUAAGCCCCACCUCAUCCCUGUGCCCGCUGCCCGCUGUUAUGCCUACGUUUGGGACCAGGAUAAUUUCGACAUCUUGAAUGAGGUACUAGACAAGGAGUGCGACUACCCCAAGCCAGCACUUCUGGAAGAUGAAGAAGAGGAAACAGACGGCUGCUUUCCACAAAACGGUUCUUUGUUACCUUCCCUGGAGUCAAUCUACAAAAAGCCUAUCUAUUCAGGCUUGCCAGAGGAUGGCUCAUGCGAUUCACAGGUGUCGGUCUCCGCCGUUUCUGAGGACCUGAACUCUGAGCUCUCAUUGGCCUCUACAAAGUCCUUGAAGUCGUUUGUCUCCAGCCUGAAGGACUGCAUGGACAGUGGCUACGCGGAGGACAGCGAUGAGAGCUCUCUCGAGUCCACGGGGCAGUCGGAUCCAAAGGAGGACAAGGCACCGCCCAGGCAGCGGCACCGGUUAACAAAGAUCUACAAGUUGUUCAAGACCAAAAGCCAGCUGAUCCUGGGCAAAGAGCUGAGAGACAUUUCUGAGGUAGCUUCCCUCUCACUGCCCCUCCGUCGAGCAGAGAGCCUCUGCAACCCUGCAGUCAAACACCAUGUCUUUACGCGCAGUCGGCGGGCCCAGUCACUGCCCCAACAUGUACUGAGCUCAGCGCUUUUGCAGCAAUGUGUCCCGGAUAACGUCUGUGUCCAACGUCGGCCCUUCCUGAGCUGCGACGAGGAUAUGAAGGUCUCGACGUUGCGUGUUGUCGUGUUUGGCUCUGACCGCAUUGUGGGGAAAGUAGCUCGGGCUUACAGCAAUCUUAAAUCUCAAGAAAGAAGUUGCCCGUGGCUGACGCGGUACUUCAAGCUGCAGUUUUUCUACGUCCCCAUAAAAAGGAGCGGUCCGACAUCAUCCACACCCACCUGCUCUCCACCUCCUCCAGGAGACCCUCAAAGCCGCUCGGGAUCUGCGGAUCCUGGCUUGACGAGGAAGGAGAGCAGCACCAACAGCAUCUCCCAGUAUAUAGGCCUGCUGGACCCCUGGUACGAGCGCAAUGUUCUUGGGCUGAUGAACCUUCCGGCAGACGUCCUAUGCCAGCAAUGCAUCAAGCCCGAGGGGCUCCUGGAGGAAGCGGAAGAGCAACUCCCCAUCCUUGCAGAUAUGAUACUUUACUACUGUCGCUUCGCAACCCACCCUGUCCUGCUGCAGAUCUACCAGAUAGAGCUCACUUUCGCUGGAGGAGAGACAAGGACCGAGAUCUUCAUCCACUCUCUAGAGAUGGGACACUCGGCGGUCACGCGGGCCAUCAAGGCUUCAGCGUUGCCCGCUCAGAGAAGGGAAGGGUGGAGGCAGGCCAGGAGCGUGGCAAGCCUGCAGCUGCCGCCGCCACCACAGCACCCCCUCUACGGCCGGCGAGCCCGUCUUCAGCGCCCCCGCCCGCCCACGGGAGCAUGCCGGCCGGGACGGGAGUGUGAGCCCCUCACGGGCUGCCGGCCGCUGAGCCCUCCCUGGCUGCCCGGGGAACGGAGAGCUGGCCCAGGAGGCGGCCGGGCGUUGCUUUCUGCCAGGUGGGCGAUGGGGGCUGUGCCUAGCUGCAGGGGGGGUCGGCGGAGCGAAAGCGGGGGGGCGCCGUGCAGUGCCGCGCUCAGGGGCGCAGGGGUGGGUGGCCUGCCGUGA